AAACUCAUCCUGAUCUCGGAUGACCAUUUCCUGAAUGUUUGUGUCUCUCAGUGUGCUCCGUGGAGAGAUAACGCCUGCUGCACAGCGAACACCACAGAAGAAGCUCAUCAGGAUAAUUCAUACCUGUACAACUUCAACUGGAAUCACUGCGGCAUUAUGAGCGACAAAUGUAAGGAACACUUCAUUCAGGACACGUGUUUCUACGAGUGCUCGCCGCACCUGGGGCCCUGGAUUCAGCCGGCCAGCGAGUCGUGGCGUAAGGAGCGUAUCGUGGACGUGCCGCUGUGUCUGGAGGACUGUGAGAGCUGGUUUGAGGACUGUAAGGAUGACUUCACCUGUAAAGAGAACUGGCACAAGGGCUGGGACUGGAACUCGGGCAUUAACCGCUGUCCGCGCGACUCUCACUGCAGCCGCUGGACGGAGAUCUUCCCCAGCGCUCAGGACAUGUGUGAGAAGAUCUGGUCAAACUCCUACAAGUACACCACGCUCACCAAAGACAGCGGCCGCUGCAUGCAGAUGUGGUUCACGGGUCCGAACCCCAACAGAGAGGUGGCUGAGUAUUACCUGAGUGGCGGUCCGGAGACGGUUGCCAUGGCAACAGGCCUGCAGGUGUUUGUGCUGCUGGUGAUGCUGCUGCGCUGACCGGAUCACAGUCACACCUGAGAAUAAAUGUCUAAAGACCAACGCAAUGCAGGACUGUUGAUUUUCUGUGCAUGUAUCUAAGCCAAAGCAGAAUUCAAAAUGCUUGUUUAUGAUUAAGCCACUUUCAUGUGCUAAACCAUGUGACUUUGAGUAACAUGAUGUAAUCUAUAUUGAUAAUCUGUUUAUUGAUGUAGAUUUGUUGAACUACUCCAGGAUGUCUAUUGAUUAGAAAAUAAUUACUAAUAAUAAUAAUUAUUCAUUUUAUUGGGUGACAUU